CUCGGGCCGGUUUCUCACCUUGCUUUUCGGUUGAAAGGAGACUUGCCAGCUGGGAUCGGGGAAUUGGGAAGCAUGUUGCGCUCCCAGGAGUGAGAACAGGGUGGUCGGCCUCAGACUCACCUUUCAAGAGGACUUGAAACUGAUUACAGAUAAUCAAGAGAAGAUGCCUUCUGCAUCCUGUGAUACACUACUGGAUGACAUAGAAGAUAUCGUGUCACAGGAAGAUUCAAAACCACAAGAUAGGCAUUUUGCAAGAAAGCAUGUUGUUCCAAAGGUGCGAAGACGAAAUACCCAAAAAUAUUUGCAAGAGGAAAACAGUCCGCCAAGUGAUAGUUCUAUUCCAGGCAUACAGAAAAUUUGGAUACGAACAUGGGGUUGUUCUCAUAAUAAUUCAGAUGGAGAAUAUAUGGCGGGACAGCUAGCUGCUUAUGGCUAUAAAAUUACAGAAAAUGCAUCAGAUGCAGAUUUAUGGCUCCUGAACAGUUGCACUGUAAAAAACCCAGCUGAAGACCACUUUAGAAACUCAAUUAAAAAAGCUCAAGAGGAGAACAAGAAAGUAGUGCUAGCUGGAUGUGUUCCUCAAGCUCAGCCUCAUCAGGACUAUCUUAAAGGAUUGAGUAUCAUCGGGGUUCAACAAAUAGAUCGUGUGGUAGAAGUAGUGGAGGAAACAAUUAAAGGUCACUCUGUGAGACUGCUGGGUCAGAAAAAGGAUAAUGGAAAGCGGUUGGGGGGAGCACGAUUGGAUUUGCCAAAGAUUAGGAAGAAUCCACUGAUAGAAAUCAUUUCCAUCAAUACUGGGUGUCUCAAUGCUUGUACCUACUGCAAAACCAAACAUGCCAGAGGAAAUUUGGCCAGUUAUCCGAUUGAUGAACUAGUAGAUAGAGCCAAACAAUCUUUUCAAGAGGGUGUUUGUGAGAUAUGGUUGACCAGUGAAGACACAGGGGCUUAUGGCAGAGAUAUUGGCACCAAUCUCCCCACACUCCUGUGGAAACUGGUUGAAGUGAUUCCUGAGGGAGCAAUGCUGAGGCUUGGCAUGACAAAUCCGCCCUAUAUUUUAGAGCAUCUGGAGGAAAUGGCAAAAAUCCUUAAUCAUCCCAGAGUCUACGCUUUUCUGCACAUACCAGUACAGUCUGCCUCCGACAGUGUCCUCAUGGAAAUGAAAAGAGAAUACUGCGUGGCUGACUUCAAAAGAGUAGUGGAUUUUCUGAAAGAGAAAGUUCCUGGAAUAACUAUUGCUACAGAUAUCAUCUGUGGUUUUCCUGGAGAAACAGAUCAGGAUUUUCAAGAAACAGUAAAACUUGUUGAAGAGUACAAAUUUCCAAGCCUCUUUAUUAACCAGUUUUACCCAAGACCAGGAACUCCUGCUGCAAAAAUGGAACAAGUUCCAGCACAAGUGAAAAAGCAAAGGACAAAAGAUCUUUCUCGAGUAUUUCAUUCUUACAAUCCAUAUGAUCACAAGAUUGGUGAAAGACAACAAGUGUUAGUAACAGAAGAAUCCUUUGAUUCCAAGUUUUAUGUUGCACACAAUCGAUUCUAUGAGCAGGUUUUAGUGCCAAAGAACACCUCAUUCAUGGGGAAAAUGGUUGAAGUGGACAUUUAUGAAUCAGGAAAAUAUUUUAUGAAAGGGCAGCCAGUAUCAGAUGCCAAAGUAUACACGCCAUCCAUCAGCAAACCUUUAGCAAAGGGAGAAGUCUCAGGUUUAACAAAGGAAUUCAGAAAUAGGCGUGUGCAUCACCUGCGUUCAACAGCCCACUCCUCCGCUGCAACCCGGCACCGCUCAGCGAGCUCCAGAGCCCUGCUGUGGGUGCAGAGGCUGCCCCGGGACCCUGCGCUGACCAUAUCUGUGGGCCUGGCUCUCUUUGCUCUUCUUUUUGCUUUUGUUGUCAAGGUCUAUAAUUAGAACACAAUUAAAUGAAGUAUCUGUGAAGAAGAAUAAAUUUCUAAUUAAAGUCUUCGGUGAACAGGAAAGUGACCGCAUCAGUUCUCAAAGGGCAGUGAUGUGCUCUGAUCCCACUGCCGCUCCUCAGCCGCACUUUUUAAUGAGGCCCACGCUGCCUCCCAUUGGGCUGGGCCCAUGGGUUAUUUGACCUAAAACCUAAUUGCAGCUGCCAUAGAACAUCUUUCAAAUUAAACUCCUUUUGGUUUAUUUUUCACAAGAAAUGCAAGUGGUUGCAUUUUUUAAAAAAAUCUCCAAUCUUCAAGUCUGAACUUCAUUGUACAGUGGCUCUGGUCAUCUUUUCCUUAUGUGGAAGAAUUUUCCAUCUUCAAUAAAUAUUUUUCAGUGUAUCUUCCUUUUCGUGCUUUGUUUGGAGUCCCAAUGCUUAAAAACAUCUUACUUUUCACAGCAGAUGUGUUCCUGAAAAGUUUAUAUAGAAACCUAUUUUUGGAACUUGAAUCCUUUUGGAAUGCACAGGGAGAGUCUGUCAGUGGAAGGACUCUCGGCAACGCUCUGUGAAGUGUGAGGAAUCACCCACUUCUCUGGCACCCACAAGCUUUGAAAAACUGGAUUUAUCUAAAACAAACUAUGCCCCUUUUCUGACAUUUUUGGUCAAUAAGAUCAAAUGUUUUUAUUUCUACCUGAUACCUUGGUCUUUACUAAACAAAGCAACUUCUUCCACAAUAAAAGGAAUUGUAAUAAGCAAAUCCUAUGUGUAUCAAAAUAUAAAUAAGUUAUUCUGAUCGUACAGGCACAGGGAAAUCAGGUGCCUUGUGGCCACCACGGGAUCUUUUUGAACUUUAAACCCGUAACCCCGUUCAGGUCUUCCUUUUAUCUCAACAUGUU